GCUCGCCAGUCCGCAACUCCUACACUGAAUAUCGUCCAACUCCAUUGCUCCUCGCACAAACACAUCCCAAGCCGAACCACUCUACAAUUCAAUCUCACCCAUUCAGAUACUUCCAUCAUCAUGCCUCGUGGUAAUGCUACCCAGACCAGAGUUCACUACAAGGGACAAGAAGAUGACUUCGUGAUUCUUGUCGACGAUGCCAAGGCUGUCGAGGACUGGAAGACCGACAAGACUAUACCGUUGGCUCAGGUAGUCAGUGGCUGGAAGGUCUUCGUCACUCACAAGCAUGGCAACCAAGGUAUCCUUGACACAGCCUCCAACUCAGCGCUCGACAACGAGUUCGGCACACACAAGGAUGAUGAAGUUGUGAAGUUGAUACUGGAGAAAGGCACUGUUCUUGAGAAUGAGAAUGCCGAGAGACAGGGCGAGAAGAACAUCACGCAGGGCGGAACUGUUGCUCACUAGAUACCCUCGAUAUAUGAAGACACACUUAAAAAGUCCCUGCCAUGACUAUUCUUGAUACAUAUGUUACCUUUAUAAGUGCAUGGACAAGAGCGCAUGGACUCAAGCGCACCAGUUGCAUUCAAACAAACAGCUCUACUAGGAGUAAUUACCACAAUUAAAUUCAACGUUAAGUAAGGUGUGACUCGGCACCACCUGAUUUGGUGUGUAAGUGAAUUCGGUUUCGGUAGGGAUCGUCUUAUGCAAGCUGUGUACUUCACGUCUGGUUCAUAUAGUUGAACAAAAACUUUCACUUUGGCUAGCACUGUAAUAUGG